UUGAACUUUAGCUUUUACUAACAAUAAACCCGAAUGUUUCGGUUGCGUCAGACUUUGAUAGUCAUCGUUGUUCUCGAUUCGAUCAGUUUUCAUUUUCUCCUUUUUUGUUCAUCUACUGCUCUCUUUCUCUCUCGCACCGAUCUUCACCUAUCACCGGCCAGAAUCCGGUCCAAUAUCUUGCCGGACCGGUCCGAUCCCGUUAAUCUCUUCCAGUCAUGAAUCCUGAAUAUGAUUAUCUUUUCAAGCUUUUGCUGAUUGGAGACUCUGGAGUAGGCAAAUCCUGUCUUCUUUUGAGAUUUGCUGAUGAUUCCUACCUGGAUAGUUACAUCAGUACAAUUGGAGUGGACUUUAAAAUUCGCACUGUGGAGCAAGAUGGGAAGACCAUUAAACUUCAAAUUUGGGACACGGCAGGACAAGAACGGUUCAGGACAAUCACUAGCAGCUACUAUCGAGGUGCACAUGGCAUUAUUAUAGUCUAUGAUGUGACAGACCAAGAGAGCUUCAACAACGUCAAGCAAUGGUUGAAUGAAAUAGACCGUUAUGCUAGUGAGAAUGUGAAUAAGCUUCUGGUUGGGAACAAGUCUGAUCUCACUGCUAACAAAGUUGUUUCCUAUGAAACAGCCAAGGCAUUUGCAGAUGAAAUUGGCAUUCCAUUUAUGGAGACGAGUGCCAAAAAUGCCACAAAUGUGGAGCAGGCAUUCAUGGCCAUGGCUGCUGACAUUAAGAACAGGAUGGCUAGCCAACCAGCGAUGAACAAUGCAAGGCCACCAACAGUGCAGAUACGAGGACAGCCUGUUAAUCAGAAUUCCGGUUGCUGCUCUUCUUAGUUGACUGUCCAAACUCUAAUCUCUCAUUCAAGAAGAGCGAACAGUGCAUUCUCAAUUCAUUUUGCAUCCUAGAGGACAAGUAGAUUAUGUUCACUCUCCUGAACAAUGUAAUGAUUCUGGUUGGCAUUUGCCUUGCAGCUAUACUGAAUUUAAUUCUUUUAGUUGAUGUUAUUUGUUCAAUUUCCUGUACAAAUGACGUCUUAGUUGAUAGUAGUAUAUUCUUACUCGUGUUUUGGCUAUUA